UUGACAUCAACACCACGACCAUUAAAAGUCUCUACGUGGCUCGGUGGUAAAACUGUGAAGUCUUUUUUAUUUUUAUUCUACAACAGUGAGAUUGAAGCUAAAUCAUGCUGGCAACCAGGGCUUUGCUGUCAAAACAAACGCUGGCUGUUCUCUCUCGCCAGCCUGCCUGCUUUGUGCACCAGGGUGACUACGGCAACUGGGGAAAUACUAACGUUGCAGUGGUUUUCUCAGGAUGUGGAUGGUGGGACGGUACUGAUGUCCAUGAAGGGGUUUACACCAUGUACCACCUGAGCCGUAACGGCGCCCGCUUCCAGAUGUUUGCUCCAAAUCAACAGCAGAUGCACGUGAUUGACCACAUGAGAAAGCAACCUGCCUCUGGAGAGAACCGGAACAUGAUGAUGGAGGCAGCCCGCUUCAGUCACGGACAGGGAAUGACGCAAAUGCAGGACCUGUCCAAGCUGGACGUCAACAGCUUCGACGCCGUCAUCUUUCCAGGAGGCCAUGGAAUCAUCAAGAAUCUAUCCUCUUUUAUGAAGGACGGCAAAGACUGCAAGCUGCACGGCGACGUGGAAAGGGUGCUUAAGGAUUUCCAUCGUUCACGCAAGCCUAUCGGACUCGCCAGCAUGGCUCCUGUGCUGGCCUGCCGUGUGCUGCCGAGCAUUGAGGUAACCAUGGGUUACGAGCGAGACGACAACACCCGCUGGGGACACUGGCCAAACACAAACAUGGUGCAGGCUGUGAAGGGCAUGGGUGCUCGCCACAACGUCCGUGAGCCAUAUAUAUCCUUCCCAAGGUUUCUGUUCAGUAUUAAUAUCAGUGAAAAAUAUUCUCUUUGUCAUUAUCCUGAUAUAACCUCUGAUUUGACCUUAACCCUUUCCUUUACGAAGCCUAUGUGGAUGAGAAGAACAAAGUGGUUAGCACUCCAUCCUUCAUGUGGGAGACUGACUAUCACUAUCACUAUAUAUUUGAUGGUAUUGGAAAUAUGGUCAAGCAUGUCAUGCGCAUGUCAACCAAGUGAAGUGACAUCUGGAGAAGAAACAGUGUUACCGCAAAAUAUACACCUGUGUACUGUGAUGAAUUCUUACCUGAAACAAUAAAAAAUAGUUUAGUAAAACAGCAAA